AUCCGCGAUCGUUCACGAGCAUCUUCAAUACGCAGACGAACCUCGAUCACGGAAGGAGUUCCGAAGUAAUCGUGGAUCCGGGAUGACGACCCAUAUCACAUCUAUGGUGGUGGACUAUCUGGUGUUCAUCGGGUUCAUCGUAAUUUCCUUCGUGAUACCGCUAUGGGGAAACUUCAAAACGAAAAAAAAGGAGACGAAGGCGAAUUACGUGUUCGCCACCGGCAGCGUGUCGAUGGGCGCGAUGAUGCUAUCAAUCGCACGUGGAACUCUCGGCGUCAGGUCCUUCCUGGGUUAUCCUUCGGAGCUGUAUUAUCGAGGCAGCGCCAUGUGGGAGACUCUAUACGGAAUGCUCUUGGCGUAUCCCAUCGUCUGUUUCAUCUUCGUACCCGUUUACUACAGCCUCGGUAUCACGUCAGUCUACCAAUAUUUGGACAUGAGGUUCAAGUCAAAACUAGUCAGAUGUCUGGCGAGUUUCUCUUACGUCGUACGGAGUCUCCUGAACUUGGCGGUCACGGUAUUCACCCCUUGCGUUGCUCUGAAAGCGGUAAUAGGACUUCCAUACUGGGCUAGUAUUGUGGGAAUAACGACUAUUUCUGUGGCUUUCACGAUCAUAGGAGGUUUAAAAGCUGCUAUUCUAUCGGACGUUAUACAAGGCCUGACAAUGAUUGGUGUAUCUGCGGUCAUCAUCAUUCAGGGAACUAUCAAAGCUGGCGGACCGGCUAGUGUCUUCAAUGUAACUUACGAGCGCGGACGACUAGAUUUCUUCAAUUUUGAUAUGGAUCCGACUCUUCGAGUAACGACAGCGUCGGCGACACUAGGUCAGCUUUUCAUGAGUUUAUCCAUUUUCGGAUGUCAGCAGAAUUUUGUUCAGAGAUAUUGCAGUAUGUCCAGCCAAAGAAAGGUUGUCAAGACAAUGAUGGCCAACAUGCCUAUAAUUGUGAUCUUGUUCUCAUUAUCUUGGAUCGUUGGAAUGGUGAUUUUUACUAAUUACGCCGACUGCGAUCCACUCAGUCUGGGAUAUAUUUCCAAAAUCGACGAGAUUGUACCGUUCUACGUCGAAGACAAAUUCUCCAAUGUACCCGGAAUGCUAGGUCUGGUAAUGGCAACUCUUUUCAACAGCGCCUUGACUUUGGCGGUAUCGAAUCUCAGUUCUCUCGCAACGGUGACUUUCGAGGAUUUCCUGAGUCACAUACCUGCGAUGACUGCUCUGAAAGACACGCAGCAGCUUUGGACGAUCAAAAUAAUCGGUGUCAUCUACGGUUUGCUAAUAAUCGGCAUUAGCUUCUUGGUAGCCAUGUUGUCUGGCGUAAUAGAAUCUUCUAUGCUGAUGACGUCGGCGACGUCUGGACCUCUUCUCGGUGUAUUCCUCCUCGCCAUGUUGGUACCUUGCGCCAAUUGGAAAGGUGCCGCCGCUGGUAUGAUUUUCAGCCACGUAACGACGAUGUGGAUCACCUUCGGUCAUCUCAGUUUGGGUACCGUGGUCGAGAUGCUACCUCUAUCGACGGAAAAUUGCCAAAACGAGACGUUUUCCUCAUGGGAUACCAAACCAAUUAGUCUAGAAUAUUCUACACCGAACGUCUCCAGUUGGACGACACCUCAGGAAAACAUUACGUUAUUGCCUGUCGAUGAGAGCAAUAAAUCGUCUAAUCCUUUAAAUGUUCUUUACGGGAUUACUUAUAUGUAUUACGCUCUCAUUGGUAGCAUAACGACAGUCGGCGUCGGUAUCGUCGUGAGUUUAAUUACGGCUGAUGCCGAAGCUGAUAAGUACGAGGAGCACUUGCUACAUCCUACAGCACGAAAGAUAGCGGGAUUAUUUCCCGGAAAGCGGAGGCUCUACGCCAGCAACACUCGUCUUGGGAAUAAAAAUGAUACGGACGUCACGAAUGCCACCCUUUCCUCGGUGAUGUCUAUUCCCGAUAGUGUCGAGAAGAUAACUCCUCAAAUAUGUGUCGAUGAUAGAGGAAAGCAACACCUAAAUGAUAGCUAUAUGGAGAAACUGAACGCGCUAAAGAACGUUUCCCUUGAUGUAACCAAUGAGAUUGGCAAGCACACUAAAUUAUAAUACUAUGAUGCAAGAUCGGGAUAAAAGUUCUUCGUGCAUUAUUCGCACUAUCACCAUUGGAUCGACACUUGCGAGAAUAGGGAUAUACUGUGAUGAACUCAGCGAGCGAACAGCUGUGUAUAUGUUAGUACCAAAUUUUAUUAUCCGAACAUGGAACGCGGGUUUGUGACCUGUGCGCAUACAUGAAACGUAAUUACGUGUAAGCAAAGUUUCCCUCGAUUACAGUACUCGAGCUACACUCACAUUCAGCUCAAAAUAUCACUCAAAUGAAGGCAAUUCAGGGAUGCAAUUCGCGAAAACUUCUAACUUGCGUGUGCCAAUUAGAGUUAACUACGAGACACGCGUGACGUAAGCUGCAUUUAGACAUGAACACGAUUUACUGGGAAAAAUUGUCAAGUACACACGUGUUUGCUGAAUAGAAUUCACAUCACCACUCGCAAUGAAUGAUUUCUGUAUCUGAGCGAAGAGAACAGAAAUAGAAAUCGGUAUAAUUAUCGGUGUAAUUACUACUAACAAUUGGUAAAAAGAGUCACGUUUAGAAUAAUCGAAAACGUGGAUAUAUAGUUCUGUAAUUUGAUUACAGAUAACGAAAAAUAAUCAAAUUAUCGGUUAAUAAAUUUUUUCACUUUUAUUGCUACACGAUAUUUCGAUUGUAUUGUCGAAAUAAUAAUAUGCAUUCAAGUGUAUUCUUGUUACGCUUCUUCCUGAAUUAUACAUAUAUUCAGUAGGAUUCUCCAUUCUCCCUCAAGGAGGAUUAAUUUCUUGAAUCCUAUUUAUCCAUCAAUUUUAAAGAUAUAUUUUAACAAUAAAAGUACAUCUUUCAACAAUAUUUCCAUAUGAAAAAAUAAAUCAAAAUGGUAAAAAAAUUCUUUUCGGAUUGUUUUCACAUAUUUGUUCGUGAAAAAUUCAUGUCUUUUCAAGUUAUAUUAUUUUUAUUUUGUAAAUAUGCUAGGAAAUUUUUCUCUUUAUCGUGGAAAUAAUGAAAGUAAAAUUCCAUCGAUCCUCUAAAGUCUAAAGAAGUUAAAUAAAGAAGCAGUAUAGUCUGAAUAUACUAACACAGAAAUACAUCAAUAUUUUAUAACUUCAUAUGAGAUUCAAUGAUUGGAAUCGAUUCUGUGCAAUAAUAUAUAUCUUCGUAUUAUAUUAAAGAUGAAGAUAUAUUAGAUUGCGAAAUAGCAAUCAUAUGUAAGGGUUCCUCUAACGUAGUAUUUAGAUCUUAAACGAGUUUCGAACUUUCCAUACCAAUAAGUAAUAUUAUAUUUUGCAGAAAGUUACGCGUAUCUGACAUGUGUAUGUGUGUAAUUCGCGUGUGCAUUACUUUUAAGUUUUUAGCACUAAACUUCGAUAUUACAGUCAAUUUUUGUACUUCAGAGAGUGUGAGUUAUUUUAUAAGUAGAAUGUUGUGCUCUUCGAAAUAUAUGAUAAUGUAGAUUUGUAAAUGAUGCCAAUCCAACGACUGUGAUCGUUGAUUUUAUUUGUAUAUACCAUAGUGCCUACAUACCUAUUUAUUAUUUCAAUAAUACAACUCAUUAAUUUUUA